ACUUAGGGGUUUUCCUUCCUUCCUUCCUACACUUUUUGCCUUCCGAUUCUUUGUCUUCCAUGGAUUUGGGUCAGAAAGAAUUCCGAGAGGACGGCACCAAAUAAGAUGCCAAUCUAGAAGCGUAAGAUGGUUGCUGUAACAUCUUGAUGGCCUUCCUUGCCCAUCUCCUGUUGACAUUCCUUUGUUCUGAAUGGCCUGCGACGCACAUGAUCUGAACUUCCAAAGCAUGCAAGCCAUCCAGUUUUCAUACUGACUUUGUUGUAGUUUUUUUUAUUAUUACUUGGACCUCCUAUGUGUCUGCUCUCCUGCCAGAUUGGUAUAUGAAGCUCUCGAGCACAAAGGAUGGGUCAGGACCAGACGAAGCAGCAGAUAGAAAAAGGACUCCAACUUUAUCAGUCAAACCAGACCGAAAAGGCCCUCCAAGUCUGGUUGAGAGUCUUGGAAAAGAGCACAGAUGCUGCCGGCAGGUUUCGAGUGCUGGGGUGUCUCAUCACUGCUCACUCAGAGAUGGGCAGAUACAAAGAUAUGUUGAAGUUUGCAGUUGUGCAGAUUGACACAGCCCGGGAGCUAGAAGAUGCUGACUACCUUACAGAAAGCUACUUGAAUCUGGCACGGAGCAAUGAGAAGCUCUGUGAAUUCCAAAAAACAAUAUCCUAUUGUAAGACCUGCCUGAACAUGCAAGGCACCACAGUGAGCCUACACCUAAAUGGCCAGGUCAGCCUCAGCAUGGGCAAUGCCUACCUUGGCCUCAGCAUUUUCCAGAAGGCUCUGGAGUGUUUUGAGAAAGCCCUGCGUUACGCACACAUCAAUGAUGACAAGAUGCUUGAGUGUCGAGUCUGUUGCAGUUUAGGAAAUUUCUACACACACCUCAAGGACUAUGAGAAAGCCUUGUUCUUCCCAUGUAAGGCAGCUGAGCUGGUGAACGAUUAUGGAAAGGGCUGGAGUCUGAAGUAUCGUGCAAUGAGCCAGUUCUACAUGGCUGUAGCCUAUCAGAAGCUGGGACGCUUGGGAGAUGCUAUGGAAUGCUGUGAGGAGUCCAUGAAGAUUGCCCUUCAGCAUGGAGAUCGUCCUUUGCAGGCGCAGUGUCUGCUGUGCUUUGCUGAUAUUCACCGCAGCCGUGGAGAUGUACAGACAGCUUUCCCUCGCUAUGAUUCCUCAAUAAGCAUCAUGACAGAGAUCGGAAACCGUCUGGGACAGAUUCAAGUGCUGCUGGGUGUGGCCAAGUGUUGGGUGAUUCAAAAGGAGCUGGACAAGGCACUAGAAAGCAUUGAGAAGGCUUAUGAGCUGGCAGAGGGACUGGGAAAUAAACUUGGCUUGCUGAAGAUUCACUGCCUUUGUGAAAGAAUCUAUCGCACAAAGGAGCAGCAGCAGGAGCUUCGCAACCAUGUGGUGAAGUUUCAUGAAUGUGUUGAAGAAAUGGAGCUUUACUGUGGCAUGUGUGGUGAAUCCAUUGGAGACAAGAACCACCAGCUUCAGGCAUUGCCCUGUUCCCAUGUCUUCCACUUAAAGUGCCUCCAGACCAAUGGGACACGUGGUUGCCCCAAUUGCCGACGCUCAUCCGUUAAGCCAGGAUUUGUGUGAUCUGCUGAACCUAUAUGAGUUCUUUUUAUAGGCACCAAAAAGCAGAGCAUUGAAGCAUUUUUUGGCACAUAGUGAUAUGGAGAAGGCAAAUCCACAGUCUAAGCAGAGGAUCUUCUGCAACAUGUCAACCUCGAUCUGUGCCACUUCACGUUCCACAUAUCUUAGUUGUGGAUAUCUAUGAGGAGUUCUGUGGCAUCUCCUUCCACAAAGCCAAUUAUCACAACCAAUAUGUCACCUCUGAUUCUUUAAGGGCGUUGUCUGCCAUGGCUUCCCACAAUUCCAGUCCUCUCACUCUCCUGUGCUGGUAGCUUCAGGUAGCUUCCACCAGAUCUGACUCACUAACCCCACACCUUUGUUCGUAUUCAUUCCUUGUGGGAAACCAUGUGAUCAUGAUAAUGUGAUGGUUUAUUUUUUCCUCUUGGAUUUAUUCACCUUAUAGCUUUUUCGUAGCUAUGGGAGACAGCAAUCCCCCCCCCCAGAUACUGUUCUAAGCUGCCAUUCUCUUAACAUUGUUAGACUCUUCUUAAUAGCAUACUUUGGAUGACUAACAGCAAUUUCCCAUCUAUGCACUGGAAAAUUAAUAAGAGAUUUGAAAUGUAAAACAUGCUCUUUCUGAGCUUGCCUAGUGUAUUACAUUAGUUUUGAACCUUUGGCCUUCCAGAUGUUUUAGACAUCAGCACUCAGAAUCCUUGACUAUUGGCCAUGCUGGUUGGGUUUUCUUGAAGAUAAGCAUCUGGAUGGCCAAAGGAUGAGAACUCGUCUUAGAACAUUCAGAUCUGUGAUCUUCUCAUCUGCCUUUCAGCAAUGUGCUUUUCUUGUUUUGUGAGUAUGUAUUUUCACUGUAUGCUGGUGGUUCUUCCCACUGUAUCAAAUUCCCUUGACCUGAGAUCUACACCAUCUAGUCUGUUCCCACAAAAUGUUCAGUUGCUCCAUGCACUGUGACGAGGAAAGGCUCUCUGUAUGGGCAGUCUUAGGGAAGGAUUUCUUGUCUUUUAUUCCUUUGCCAUAGUUGUGCUAUUAAACAGUCAGAAACAGUGAUCUGUCUGCAAUUGUGGUGUUGUCAGCAGUAUAUUUAUACUUUCUGUAAACUAUUUAUAUAUACAGGAAUCAAUAAAGCUGUAUCAGCCUUUA